GUGGGAUCAUAGCGUGGAAUUGCGCAAGGUACCCUAUCCAGAAAAAUAUUGCAGAGCAACCGCAUCCGAUAUGAAUGUAGUGAUAAAUAGUCGGUUUAAAGAUGAUGUGUUUUACCUGGAUCACGCGGUCGAUGGUAACCCACUUUUUCCCGCUACCGGUUACCUCUUGUUGGCCUGGCGACAAUUAGCGGCAUACGCGGGAAAAUUGUGGUAUAAAGUACCUGUCAUAUUUGAGAAUGUUCAACUGAAACGAGCUACGUUUCUAACAGAUAAUAAGGAUACUAGACUUACAGUGAGGUAUUUUCCGUUGACAGGUAGACGCAUUCAGACCAAACAAAAUGACUUUGGUAUCUACGAGAACGAUAACCUGUGUUGUGUCGGCAAAAUCAGAGCACCGGGCGAUGACGUACUGGUAGCUCAACACAAAAUCUACGAAAAUGAGACAAACCUUUCUAAGUGUGAGUACAUACUGGAAAGGGAUGACAUCUAUAAGGAACUACGGAUACUGGGCUUGGAUUACGGGCCAGAGUUUCGGCGCCUCCUAAAAGUCGGCACAAAUGACUACAAAAACUUUUACGCAUUAAAUGAAUGGACCGGCAAUUGGGUCACGUAUAUGGACGCCGUGUUACAGUCCAUGGCGUUAGCCUUGCCUUUCCUAAACACGCUACUGGAAAAUGAAAUGGAUAAGUUUAAGGAACGUUUCGCAAUAUACCCAGCUAAUAUGCCACUGUAUUUUAACAUGGACACAAAGCACCUGGUGGCUCAAGGUAUCGAAGUGGAACAGGUGCUGGCGUUCCCCAUACCUCGUAGGGUAGAUACCGUUGACUUGGUGCUAGACUCAGCUGAGUUUUGUGCCAAUGAUGACCCGGCGGCUAUUGAUGAGAGCAUGAAGGCUAGUAUUAUGAAGUAUUUAGAGUCGAUUAGUGAUGAAGUGAUAGAAGAGUACAGAAAUGCAAACAAUGAAAAUCACGUUAUGUUUCGCAUAUUGGAUAAAAUGCUGUCAGAAGUCAGCGAUAAUAAUAACAAACAAAAAAUCGAUAACAAUAAGGAUAUGAAAACACUAUUGAAUGAUAUACUCGUGAAUCCGGACUACGAUUUGAGUCGCGAUUUAAUUAAUCAAAUCUCAAGUAAUGAGCGAAUGAUUAGAUCUCUUGUGGAUAUCGUUUGCGAAAACUUUGUGACAAUCAAUUUGCAGACAUUUCUGCAGGACUUGUAUGACUCGAUCCAAUCAAACGGAUUCCUAUUAACGGUAUUCCGCUAUAAGUUUACGGAACCGGAGAUCGCGUUGAACUCAUUGAACGGUAAAACAUGUCUUAAUAACGACGACUUGGAUUCACGCAUUGAUAACGUGCAAUGGUUUGGAGUAUUGCAGGAAAAACUGAUUGCCGCUAAGGAUGCGGACAAUAAGACGGAUAACGUAUGGCUGAUUGCCAACGACUCGUCCAUUAAUGGCAUAAUAGAUGUCAACCCGUUUUUGGUUGACUUUCCGGUUAUCCAAACCAAACUGUUCCUGAAUUUCUGCCCUUAUAGCGAUAUAUUGGCCAACGAUUUGGUGGCGAAUGUCGUGAAAGAGGGAAAAGUGGGAACUUAUCGACACUUAAGACUUCCCACGGAUUACGACAAAUGCCUCUCAAAUGGGUAUCACUUGAAUUUGGGACAAACCAGGGAUUUAUCGGGACUUCAAUGGUUUGACUCCAGAAAAAUACCAGAAAUUCAGGAACAGUUUGGUUUGGAUAACCGGAAAGUCAACCAAAAACGGGUUGACAUCUAUUACUCGGGUUUAACAUUUAGAGAUGUUAUGCUGUCAACAGGUCGCAUUCCAGGAGGCCCUGAACAAUUGAUUACUGACUGCUCGAUUGGAUGCGAGUUUGCUGGGCGUAGGGCUGACACCGGGGAAAGGGUGAUGGGACUGGCCAUGUCAAAGGCUAUAUCUACGAGUAUUAAUGCUAAUAUAGAUUCUAUGACUACAGUUCCCAAACAAUGGUCUAUGGCUGAGGCGGUGACUAUACUCAGCACAUAUAGCACCUUAUGGUACGGCCUAAUAAAACGAGCUAAUAUUAAACGAGGGGAGAGUAUAUUGGUUCACUCAGCGGCUGGAGGUGUGGGACAGUCAGCUAUAAACAUGUGUCUCCACUACGGGUGCGAUAUCUAUGUGACGGUUGGGACGGAAGAGAAAAAGCAAUUCCUUGUGAAGGAGUAUAACAUUCCUGUGAACCGGAUAUUCAACUCAAGAGAU